CCCUCUAUGAGAGUAUUAGGACUUUUCCAGAACCUUUGAGAAAGCCCUCACGCCGCUUGUUCAUCUUCUCCAAAUCUCUGCCUUCUCUUUCUAUACAUACAUUUUCAAUGGCGGCGAGGAUCGCAUUGCUAAAGUACCUGAGAGUGGAAGCUCGCCCAGUGCAGCUUCGAAACCCUAGGCUCAUCGGAGGUUCAGUCAGUCAGCUUUUCAAACGUCAUUUCUCGGAGGAAGUAAGGGGAUCGUUUCUCGACAAGGAUGAAGUUAGGGAUCGUGUUAUCAACGUCGUCAAAAACUUUCAGAAAGUUGAUCCUUGCAAGGUUGUCCCAAAUGCUCACUUCCAAAAUGAUCUCGGCUUAGAUAGUUUAGACACCGUGGAAGUUGUGAUGGCCCUUGAAGAAGAAUUUAGGUUUGAGAUUCCAGACAAUGAAGCCGACAAGAUCAACUCAAUAAAUUUAGCCGUUGAUUUCAUUGCAUCUCACCCUCAGGCAAAAUAAGCGAAUAAAAUGUAGCUUGAUGAGUACUCAUUUCCUUCUUUUUCCCAAUUCAAGUACCUUCAUUUACUCACUUUUGGCGUGUGGUUUAUCAUACGUAUGCUUUCUGCCCAGCGCUCUUGUAAGGAUUUUGGUCCGUCCUCAGGACGAGAACAACCAUUAUCAGCUAGACAAAAGUUCAUUCUCUAUUAGAUUUGAGAUAUAUGUUGUUAGAAUGUUUAGUGCUUAUGAAAAUAAAUCUAGCUUUAUGGUACCUACCAUGGGUCAAGAUGAAAUUUUAAUGGUUUUUAAUCCUAAUUGUUGGCCAAAAG